CUUUAGGAAUGUCGCAGAAAUAGCUACGUCGUAUAAUACCAAUAAAUGUGUAUUUAAUAAACACUUUAGUUGAGAUUUGACUAGCAAGUGGAAAAUACUACAAGUCCGAAAAUACAAAUACGGUUUUAGAUUGUUUUAGUAGUAGUGGCUAUAAUUAAUGUUAAAUAAGUGCGAUGUUAUCCGGUCGUGUAUCAGUGAUGCGGCUAUCAUUAUUCCUAUGACACUUAGUAAAUAUCAAAUAAUUAUUAUACUUCUUAUCAUUAAUACGGCAUCCUUUUUUUGGUGUUUUGAUUACUUUUCAUCGUUAAGCCCAUUGUUAAUUAAACAGCCAAAACCGUCCUCUGGUCACUUACUAGAUUUAUUUAAUUUUCGUUACACAAUUAAUAGUAACGUUUGUUUAUCAUAUUCCCCGAUAUUAGUUCACAGUCAUGUUGAACAUUUCAAAACGCGACAAGCUAUUCGCCAUGCAUACCCAAAAUCGAUUCUUGAUCAAUUGGGCUUUCACUAUGUUUUCAUGGUAGGUAGACCAAACAACAGCGAGAUUCAGUUACAGGUAGUAAACGAAUCUUUUAAAUUUGGCGACAUAGUUCAAGGAAACUUUCAAGAAGCCUAUCGAAAUUUAACUUAUAAACAUGUAAUGGCUUUAAAAUGGUUCAGCGAGUAUUGUAGACAGUCAUCUUAUAUGGUGAAAACGGAUGAUGAUGUAGCUGUUAAUUUAUUUAAACUAAAUAAUAUUAUAACCAAGAAGUACAGUUUAGCUGGUUGUGUUGUUAAAUCAAAACCAAUCAGGGAUAAACAUAAUAAAUGGUAUAUCAGUAAAGAAGAAUUUAAAAAUAAUAAUUACCCUACAUUUUUAUCUGGUUGGCUUUACAUAGCCAGUAACACAUCAGUUAUCCAGUUGAUACAAGCAAUAACAACAGAAAAAUAUUUUUGGAUUGACGAUUUGUUUGUUACUGGAUUCCUUGCAGAUAGAGCAAAAAUACAAAAGACUGAUUUAAGAUCAGAAUUUGAAUUAGAUCCAGGUCCAAUUUACUGUUGUGUUAAUCAACAUCAAAGGUGUAGGUUUUUAGUAGCUCCUACUGGUGAUAAUCAUAGUUUACUUCAACAAUACCCAAAGCACCUAAUGGAAUGCCAAGAUCAACAUUUGUCUUGUGAUGCUUUCCGAAAAUCUACAAUACAUCACUCAUGUCUCGAUUUAUGGAAAAAUAACAUAACUUAUGUACGAAGAGGUACACCUAAAAUAGAAAUUUUAACCUAAUCUUCUAUUAAUAAUGAUCUAUUAUAUGUUUGAACGGGCAGUUGUAAAUGUUAUCUAUAUUUUUUUUUAUACAAAAAAUAUUAAUUUUGUAUAAUUUAAUAACAAGAUAUAAUAUUUACAGUUACCCCAUUUGUUAAUACUGCUAAAAGAAUACAAAAUGUGGGAUAAUUGUAAACAUAACAAAUAUCUAACUUAUGUAUUAAAAGGUAUUUUAUAUCCUAAAAUUAUGGUAUUAUAAUGAUUA